AUGUCUAGCACAGCCCCCAUCUUCUGCUGCACAGCAGCCGUCCCCGUGAAUACGUCCAUCGACAACAAACUAUACUACGAGCUAAACCGCGAACUACACGAUGCGAUCUUCCGGUCAUUCCUCGACUUCGCCAUCCGCCGACAACGGGCCGGUGACCUUCUGCAUCUCAUCGGUAAUGGCGCUGGCGCCUGUCGAAAGACGACCUCACCAACGGCCCCCCCAAUACCAAUGCUCAUCCCACCUUUCACACUCGAAGCACUGAAAGAUAACCCCCUCACCCCUCAAACGCCUUACUGCAUUCACCUGACCUCCAGACACGACUUCGGCCCCGUCUAUUCGCACCGAUACUUCGCGUGCCCGGAACUACUUGAGGAUGAUUGGAGUGAGAUUUCACUAGUGCAGUGGUUUGCGGAGGGUGAGCCGUUCAAAAUGAAGGCGGAGAAGUGGGAUAUCAAGUGUGUUGGUGAUUCAACAUUCUUUCGGUUGAGUUUGAGACCGAAUUUGGGGAUGCGGAAUAGGGAACAAGUAUUCUUGGGCAUGAAUGUGGCGGAGCUGGAGGGGAGCAUGAAUGGAACCUGGGAGGGGCUUGCUUGCCAGGUUCCUGCUUGUUCCGUGGAGCAAUGGGAAUGA